ACCGAGUCUCGGCGCUGCGGGGAACGGGGCGCCGGCCGCGCCGCAGCCGGAGCGGGGCCGGGCCCCGCCGCCGCCUCCUUCCGCCGGCCAUGCAUUCUUCCGGCUCCCGUAGCCCGGGCCGGGGCUCGGCCAGCCCGAGGCUGCCGCGAGGGGAGUAGGGCGCCCGCGCGCCCGCUCGCGCCCCGCCUCGGCCGCCGCCGCGUCCAUGACCGCGACCCCUCGGCCGGGGACACCCGCCGCCCGCCGCGCAGCACCGCGCCCCGGGCCCGCGCCCCGCGCUCCGGCGCCCGCCGAGAAAGACAGGACGGACUCGAGUGUGAGAAUGGCUGUGACUUUGGAAGAAGCUCCGUGGCUGGGCUGGAUCUUCGUGAAAGCGCUGAUGAGAUUUGCCUUCAUGGUCGCCAACAAUCUGGUUGCUAUUUCAUCCUACAUCUGCUAUGUAAUUAUACUUCAGCCCCUUCGAGUGCUGGACAGUAAACGGUUCUGGUAUAUUGAAGGAAUCAUGUAUAAAUGGCUUUUAGGAAUGGUGGCUUCUUGGGGAUGGUAUGCUGGAUAUACAGUGAUGGAAUGGGGGGAAGAUAUUAAAGCAAUUUCAAAAGAUGAAGCAGUGAUGCUGGUGAAUCAUCAGGCGACAGGAGAUGUGUGUACUCUGAUGAUGUGCCUCCAAGACAAAGGACUGGUUGUUGCUCAAAUGAUGUGGUUGAUGGAUCAUAUUUUUAAAUACACAAACUUUGGAAUUGUUUCUCUAAUUCAUGGAGACUUCUUUAUAAGACAGGGAAAAUCUCAUCGUGACCAACAGCUGCUGCUUCUCAAGAAACAUCUAGAAAAUAAUUACAGGAGCAGAGAUAGAAAAUGGAUUGUUUUAUUUCCAGAAGGGGGCUUCCUCAGGAAGAGGAGAGAAACAAGUCAGGCAUUUGCCAAGAAAAACAACUUGCCAUUUCUUACACAUGUCACUCUGCCAAGGGUUGGGGCAACAAAUAUUAUUCUGAGUGCACUUGUAGCACGACAAGAAAAUGGAAGUCCAGCAGGUGGAGAUGCUAAAGAAUCAGACAGCAGAUCAAAAGGCCUCCAAUGGAUUAUAGAUACAACCAUAGCUUAUCCCAAAGCUGAACCCAUAGAUAUUCAAACCUGGAUCCUUGGAUACAGGAAACCAACAAUUACACAUGUACAUUAUAGGAUCUUUCCAAUUAAAGAUGUACCUCUGGAGACAGAUGACCUUGUUGAUUGGCUCUAUCGGCGUUUUAUUGAAAAAGAGGACCUCUUAUCACAUUUUUAUGAAACAGGGGCCUUUCCACCUCACAAGGGCCAUGAGGAAGCUGUUGCCAGGGAGAUGACCCUCAGCAACAUGUGGAUAUUUCUCAUACAGUCUUUUGCAUUCUUGUCAGGCUAUCUGUGGUACAACGUCAUGCGGUACUUUUACCAUUGCCUGUUUUAGGACUUGUCAGGCUCACCGUAGGAGCUCAGACUUCCGUAAGUGGGCAUUAUCUUACAUGUGCAAAUCAGAGUAUGAAAAAACAGCAAAGGAAAUUCAAUGGAUGAAUUAAUAUUGUCCCCCUUUGGGAUAUUUUAAAACUACUAAAAUGAGGAUCAGUAAAUAUAAUGACCUGCUAAUAUGUUUUAAGGACUUUUCAUGUUUUAAAGAGAUACACUCUGCCACAUAUUUAAGCAAGCAUCACAUUUGGAGAAGAGGAAAUCAUAAAAUCAUCCUAGAAGACUAUCUGAGAGAAAUUCUGUUGCCAUCAGAUAUACUUGAUAAUCUAGUGCAAGCUCAGAAAGUUGUGUUGUUCCUCUUAGCUAGUAGUUUCUGUAGGGCCAUGCUGUAGAGUGCCCUCAUGUCCACCGACUCUUGCUCUUUCUGAUAACCUUGAGGGGAGCUGGUUAGUACCCUCCGAAGGACUGUUUCCCUGUUGUUUGCAGUGACGUGCCCAUCCUCAGUAACCAAAUGAGGUGCAGCGUCAGGCAUGCUCUGAAGGGAAAAAGCAGUGUCCACUGGACACAUUCCUGUGCUGGAAUGUGUUCCAUGAAGGCUAGCUCAGUCCAGCGCCGUGUUUACAUGUGCUGGGGCUUUCCCUUGUAUGAGGGGGGGUCACAUAAUUUCUCUUUUUGCGUAGAAGGCGUAUCAUAGAUUGAUAACUGUCUUUUACAAAAUGCACUUUUAUCAGAUGCAUAUAUAGCAAAGGAUCAGUAAUACAGCUUGAAAACAAAUGUAAGCAUAAUCAGUGAGUGGGAUUCUUGAGAGGCCGCCCAGCCUCUGCCUGUUUGUGUGCCGAUGCUGUCCCGCGCCCCCCUGCAUCCAGUGCCACACUGAUGUCAGGCUUUCAUCUAGCUCAGAGGCUUUUUUCCAUUUUGGCAUAUUAUCAGCACCAAGUGCAUUUGGGGAUGAUUGAAACAAAUUAAUGUAAAACAUUUCAGUGAUCAAUUUAAGGCAAAAUAGUGUAAUUUAUUAGAAAAAUAAGAACCAGAGCCAGACACUGGCUUCAAAUGGUGACAAGUUCUCAGAUGACACCCCCAGAACCUGUGUUCUAUCAUCACAUCAAGGUGCUGCCCACAUCCGGAUGGUAUAACCAGGAGACAGAGCAGCACAAAAGGCUUCCCAGUCUCUUCCGGUUGUUUUGAAUGGGGUAAAGUUGAGUUUCUGUGUCUAGAAUUUUUCUGUUUGUCAUGAUGUCCAUGUGAUUGACCUCACAGUGGGAUAGGACCACCCUCUUCUCAAACAUGCUGGCCCUGGCUCGGCCCCCCACGCGCACUCCCAGUCGUCGGGACAGAGCGUGCUUUCUGGUCUGGGACUGAGACCGUUCAGCGCCUCGUAGGCCAGUGGUAAUUCUGUGUGAUGUGAGCAUUGUAGGCUCCCCUGUUGUUGCUAAUCAGACAAAUGACAAUUUUGAGAACUAGGCCAGAAAAAAAAUUAAGACUAAAGCUUUCUGUUUUUAGAUAAACCAAAAAACUGAAAAGAUGUGACUUUUCUCCCAGUUAUGUGGGGAAGGUAAAGCAACACCAAAUAAAAGCCCACAGCAGCUUCAUCUUUAGGUUAGUUCUGUGCACAUGUGAAAGAGAAUGAUGUGUUAGCCGAAAUACCUCAUGGAAUAUUAUACUACUACUGGUGAAAUGCAGGCAGUGUUGAUGUGAUUGGCUUGGUAGUGUUUGUUAUAAGAUGCAAUUUUUCUUUUUAAUCUAAGCAUUUCAUUCUGUUUUUUUUUUCAGUGACAGUGAGUAAGCGAAACCAAUCUCAAUUUAGAGGUAUGGAUGAUGACAGUGAGCCAAAUAGAAGCUUAAAGAUGCUUCUGUUUGAGGCCCCAGCAAACGCUGCUAGAUUCCAAGAUGAGUUGAAAUUGUUCAUUUGAGAGAUUAGUCAGCCAUCUGGGGCAUAAAUUGCUCACUGUCAAGGAUGGCAUGCACAGUCCUAGCUAACAGAUCCUUUUCCUCAUUGCUAAAGCAAGCCACUGGUAGAGCGGCCAGUUGGCCUGUCAAAAAGCAGAGAAAUGCAUGCAUGCAUACGUAAAUGUGGUUUAGGGCCACUUUUGCCAUCGCUGUGCUCCGAAGGGACAUGAUACUACUUCACGUACUGUCCACAAUAAACAGACUCUUCCAUACGAUGCUUUGUUCUUCAAGUGCAGCGUCAUUUUAACAGUCUCUAGAGUGACAAAUACCAAUAGAUGUGUGAGUUAAUUUUUGAAACUAGAUCUGUGAGUUGUAAAUAGAUGUGUAUUUGAUCUGCUGUAUCCCUCUUUGAUCCUUUAUCAACAUGUUCUCUCUCUUCUGUUGCAAAGUAUGUUUGAGAGCAUUGACAGUGCUUCCUUACCAGAAACUCGAGUUCUCCUGCCUGCACUAGGGAUGUAAGAGAGUCAGUGUUCUUACACAGCCAUCAGGGAAGCCGCAGUAUGCCCUGUACAGAACUGCAUAGAAAUUCCUGGCUUGUACUUUCUUUGCCAAGUGAAUGAAAAGAUGUUUAGAGAAUAUACAUUUUAUCAAGGGCAAAGGAAAUAAAAUCGUGCCAGUUUUAUACCAGUAGCUUGAAGAAUGUCAGCACUUCUUGGUCACAACUGAUAUGCUUAGAUUCCAGCAGCAGAGGGGAUUGAGAACUUCCUGCUGGAUCCUGGUCUCAGCGAGUCACAGUGAGACCACAUCUGCUUGGCCCUGGGCAGGUGCACUGACUACAGAAGCGACCACCCCAGCAAUUCACUCUUACUCAGAAACCAUAGUUGGUAUUGAAAUACACAGAUAUUGUGGAGAAACCUAAACACCAGGGGAAGGUAAAGGAAAAUUAUAGAAUGGAAAAUGGUAUUUUGGAUAGGCAAACAAAUUAGUUGUGACUCUAAAUAGUAGUUUGUUUGUUUUUUAAAGAUAGCUGUGAGAACAGGUCUGUCAUACUAUUGUCAAGCUAUGAUAUACUGUCAUAGUUUUUACUGUUACAGCCAACCGUUAAUUUUAUAUAGUAAAGGAACUAGAGAUUACUGGAUAAUUAAUCCAGUAAUAAGUUAGAGUAAGCCGAAAAUUAAUUGUAUUUAGGAAUUUGAAGUUUUGUUCUCAUCAAACCUUUUUUUAUCAUUCUAGGGAUUAUUUUUAAUUUUACAAAAUUUGACUUUUUUAUUAAUUUGUCUUGCCUGUGUAUUUAUGACUGUGUUAAUGAGUAGUGGAAAGAUUUGGAAAGAUACCUUCAGGAAGAGGAAACACAAAAGCCUAAAUAAUACAUGGGCUAGAAUAGGAAUCCCUGCAUAUUCAAGAGUUGGCAGUAUUGCAGUUGUUCUCGAGCCUUUUUAUGAAAAUGAAAUGUUAAAUCACCAGAUAUAAACUUCACAACAUCAUUCUAGUGUUAAUAUCUUUUGGAUUGGUGUUAAGACUGCUUCUUCAUUCUUUGCUCCUGUUACUCAUGUCUCAUGAAUUUGUCUUAGUAAUAUUUUUUGACAAUCACUUCCCUAAAGACUCUUAGGAACUAGUGGGACCUGGUUCUAAUCAAAGAAAGUAGUCUUUAAUCAUGGAUAGGUUUAUUGGAUUUUUUCUAUAUUGAAGGACAUUUUAUUUGCACUGCUGGAUAGGAAGAGUUAGUUAUUUUCUUUGUUACACAGGACUUCACUCCAGAGUUACCAUUAGGAGCAUGUCAGCUCUGGGCCACAAAGGAGGGAUAAAACAGUCAGUCUUACUUGGUGUAGUGCAACCCUUACAUCUGUAACAUAAAAGGCAAAGUGGCAGGUGGACUGGCUCAUUUAAUGAGGGGGUAAAAACAUACAUCUGGGACCAAAACCACCUAAAUCGAACAUUUCUAGAUCACAGAGGGGCCGGGUGUUCUCUGGAGCAGUCACGGUUGGUGCUUUAUUGUAACCAUUUUGCAUUGAUCCCCAACAAUUUGGAACUGGACCCUGGGAAUAAGCUGAGGGUGCUGAACUUUUUGGGGAAGUUGACUGUAACCAUAUGGAAGAUAAAUGUGCAUUUUUCUGCAAAAUUUCCACUUGAGGAUUUUUACAUUCAAUAUUUUUUUAAAACAGUUGAAAGAGCAAAAAAAAUUUUUAAGUGUAUUCUAGUUGCAAAAUAUGCACACAUAUUUUGAAUGGCUUUAUUUUUAUUGUGUAAAACUGUGGAACACAGGACUGUGAUGCACAAAUUCUUUACAUGUAAGGAGUCUGUGCAUUUUACAGUAACACUUCAUGAUUGGGUAAUGAAACAGUUAUACAUUGAACUGCUAUUGUUGUACUAAGUGCUUUCAUUUUCUUUACAGUUGUUACACGGCUGUAUUUAUUUUAUACACAUGGAUUUUAGUUUUCCUGAUGCCAUAAUGUUUACUUCAGCUUGUUGACCUGUCUUUCUUUCUUUGUGUAUCUGCAUGUUGUAAUGUAUGAUAAGAAUGAAUGUAAAGGGUGUGGCAACUGUAAUUAACUUUUUGUAAAGGGCUGGUCACAAGUGGAUCUGGUUUAUGAAUGCAUUGCAGAUUAUUUUAGUAACCAGAUCACCUUUGCAGAAAUUUGGAUGUGAACACCAAAAGAAGCAUUUUCUCAACAAAAAUUAAUAGCUGGUUCUAUUUUUUUUUAACCUAGAAAAAAUAAAGUUGAUUUUUCUCAAGUAAAGUGCUUUGAAUUUUUAGUGGGAAUGGGCUGUUUGUGUUUUACUAGAGCUAUUUUGGCAUUAACGCCUGCGGACCUGUUGUGUGUAGCACUCCAGGGCAGGUGGCUGCAGGGCCGACUGGAGAACCCAACGAAACAACAUCUCCUUAUUUGGUUUUAAACUUGCUCCCCAUUCUCACCAUUCAGUAGCAUACUGAUAAAUGUUUAAUAGUCUGUUGUCCUGGAAAAAUGAUUAUGUAUACAAGUGUACAUAAGUUUCUUAUAAAUUUUGCCAAUAAGACUAUAUAACACAAUUAACAAACAUACAAUACUAAAAUAUGCUUUAUUGUAAAUUCUAUAUAGCCAAUUGAUUCUCCCAGGAUUCUUUCACUGAUAUUUGCUGAAUUCUUGUAGCCAACCUAUAAUUGCAAUUCAACUGUGAUUUGAAAAAUAGAAUUGCAUUCUAAUCCACUUAUUUCUCAAAUUUAUUGUCAUUCAAUCUGAUAUGUGAUCUACUAUUAAACUAUUUCUUACCCUGUACAAAUUAUAUUCAUUAAAGUGAACCACUUUUAGCUUUGUGUAGUCUAAUUUUAAUAACAGCUGCUUAACAGCUGCUGGCAAAAUUCUGAAAUUCAACCCCAGGCUCUGAGGAGCCAGUAGGACCUGUCUCCAGCAUACCCCUGAUCCAUCCAGUUUUGUUGUUUUUUUAAUUGUUAGUAGUGAAUAGACUUCUCAUGGUUAAUCUACUCAUUGCUCAGGCAAUUCCUAUCACUGAUUCUUGCAGGAGCUUUAACGGUAGGAAAGCAUUAGCAUCCGUCUUUGCAUGCUUUUGAUUCAGAGAAUUUGACAAAAGCAGACUUUUCCUGAAGGGCAUGGGCAGCUUGCGUAUUCCUAAAAUCGGUUCUACGUUUCAGUUCCCAAAGCCAAACAAACUGUGAUUUAGGCAUUUCUAAGAUUUUGUUUGGAGCAUUUCAAGCAUUUAUUGUUUAGUCAUUUGUUGUAGAAGUGUCUGAUCCCACUGAAAAAUUUUAAAUGUAUUAAAAUACCUUAUACAAUCUACCAAAUAAGUUAAAAAGUUACAGUUCAGUCUACCUCUUCUUUUUCUAUCUGUAUUUAGGCUGCUGUUUUGGUGAAGUUUUAAUUUUUUUCCCCCUCUACAAGUCGUUUCUGUGGAAGACAAACAAAUUGGGGGCAGAGCCUGAGAGCAGAUUUGGAGCACUUGGAGAUCUAUUGCUGACCAGCCCUAUUUCUCAUGAGUUGGGGGAAAGAAAGCCAUUGUUUUUAAUUUCUACUUAAUAUGAAAAUGUUUGGUUUUUUUUAAUGUUUCUUCCUGCUUUAAAAAAAAUGUAUUUUUAAAGGGAGAAAAAUUCCUCUUUUGGCUCUAAGAAAAAGUCAGCUGUAUGAGCAGGUGUGACCAUAUCAUAACAUGCUGAUAGGGUAUAAAUCAAUAAAUUUUUACCUCUCAGGA